AGGAGGACAAACUUCGAGGCUUUUUGGGCCAAAAAGUGUCCGCAAAAAACCGUAAAUAGGCCAGGUGGCGCUGGCAAGCAAUAGAAAUGAACCACUGAACAACAUUGAAGUUUAUUCGAUUUUAAAUGUGAAGAACGAAAGAAAUUCAAUGAUUUCAAGCGAUAUCCAUGACAACGACGGUCGUUUUGUAAAUAUUUUGAAUUAACCCUCGUGGUAGUUGGAUGGUUUGAUUUAGAAUUUUAAUUUAUUGAGUAUUGAGAUAUAGUAUUUAGUAGAGAGUUGAAUUUUAGUAUUGAAACAAGAGCAUUCAAAUUAUAUUACCUUCGAAAUGUCUAAGUUAUGUGUGGUGAAGAGUUGUCCAUUUGGUCGUAUAAGCAGUUUUGAAACGUGUCUUCCUCAGGGCAAAUUAUCAUUUUUCAAAGCGAAUACCCCUGGAAGGAUAGAAAGUUGGUCAAAAGCUUUAGAGAUUACUUUGAAACCUCAUGAUUUAGUUUGCCAGUUGCAUUUCAAGAGCGAACAUAUUAACAUGUACAACAAAAUUGUUAUUAAGGAUGUUGUCCAUUUACAUGAAUUACAUAGGAACACUCAAACCAGAAGCGUUGCCAACAAUAAUAACCGCCGUCUGUGCUUCGAUUGUCGAGACGUAUCUCUGUAUCCUCUACAGUUUUGA